CUCUUCUAAAACGUUUGACGAUACUGAGCGGACAACACUUGGUGUAGAAGGAGGAAGAUAAAGAUAGAGAAAGAGAGCCAUGGAAGCUCUGAAAACCUCUAGCUUUAGCCCUAUGUCAGUUUUAUCCGAGAAGAGAGCAACAACACGAAAGCCCUUCUCUCUCCCUACUAGCCUCUUACCACCAAAACCAAUCUCCCAAGAAAACUUCUUCAAGAGCUUCAAUGGUGGAUUGGCUCUUUUAACCUCUGUUCUAAGCAGUGCAACAGCUCCUGCCAAGUCCCUUACGUACGAGGAAGCUCUGCGACAAUCUACGACCUCUCCUUCAUCUUUUGAUUCAGACGGUUUGAUCGAUGGGAUAUCAAGUUUUAUCACUGACAACCCUCUGGUUAUUGCCGGUGGAGUUGCUGCAUUUGCUGUCCCAUUUGUUCUGUCUCAGGUUCUGAACAAAAAGCCCAAAACUUUUGGGGUUGAGUCUCCCAAGAAUGCUUAUGCCAAGUUGGGUACUGAUGAAAAUGCUCAGUUGCUUGACAUAAGAGCUCCUGCUGAUUUCAGACAAGUGGGCAGUCCUAAUAUUAAGGGUUUAGGUAAAAAGACGGUUUCAGCUGUUUAUAACGGAGAAGACAAGCCUGGUUUCUUGAAGAAGCUUUCCUUGAAGUUUAAAGAUCCUGAGAACACCACAUUGUUCAUUCUUGACAAAUUUGAUGGAAACUCUGAGCUUGUUGCUGAACUGUUGGCCCUUAAUGGAUUCAAAUCUGCUUACGCUAUUAAAGAUGGUGCAGAGGGACCUAGAGGCUGGUUGAAUAGCGGUUUGCCUUGGAUAGAGCCAAAGAAGAGUCUGAGUCUUGAUAUGAGCAGUUUGACUGAUAGUAUCAGCGGUGUAUUUGGCGAGAGUUCUGAUGGUGUCUCUGUUGCAAUUGGGGUAGCUGCUGCUGCUGGAUUAAGUGUUUUAGCAUUUACAGAGAUUGAAACCAUACUUCAACUACUAGGUUCAGCUGCGCUUGUUCAGCUUGCAGGCAAGAAACUUCUAUUUGCUGAGGACCGAAAGCAAACUCUAAAACAAGUGGAUGAGUUCUUGAACACAAAGGUUGCACCUAAACAACUUGUUGAUGAACUAAAGGACAUAGGAAGGGCUUUCCUUCCUCCAUCAGCAAGCAGCAAAGCUCUUCCCGCACCAGCAGUAGCAGUAGCAGAAGCAGCUACAACCACCACUGUGGAUGAAAAGGAGCCUGAGCCAGUGAUUGAAGCGGCCACUGCACAAGUAACCUCAGAGGCAGCGACCAAAGCAGCAGCCAGUGAACAAAUAAUCACAGAACCAACGAAAACUGAAACCAAACCGCAAUCUUAUCCGAGACCUCUAUCUCCAUAUGCAUCGUACGCUGACUUGAAGCCUCCAACAUCCCCCACACCAGUAAGCAGCAAGGGUCUUCCCGCACCAGCACCAGUAGCAGCUACAACCACCACCGUCAAUGAACCAGUUCCUGAGCUAGAGCCAGCAAUCAAAGCGGCCACUGCACAAGUAAACUCAGAGCCCGCACUGGAAGCCGCCACUGAACAAGUAAUCACAGAACCAGCCAAAACUGAAGCCAAACUGAAUUCUUAUUCAAGACCUCUCUCUCCCUAUGCAUCGUACCCUGACUUGAAGCCUCCAACAUCUCCGACACCAUCGCAUCCAUGAAACAGAAUAACAAUAUUGAUCGAAACGUUGUACACUUCUUGUCUGUUUUAUGUUUCCUUCAAGGACUUUAGAUGGUACCUUCUGUCGGUUCUGAGACGAGUAAUACUCUGGUUUUUUUUAA